AUGAACUCUGGCGUUGGUUCAUUAUUAUCACUAGUUUCAUCAGUUAAAUCAGAACAACAACAUAAUAAAAGUGAUGUUAAAGUUACUCAACGAAGUGAAACACAAGAAUCACAUGCUCAAUGUCUAAAAUAUGAAGCAUUAAUAUUUAUGAAAUCAAGAUUAAUGAUUGUUUCUGAUUUUUCAUCAUUGCAUAUUCCAGCAGAUAUAUCACAAUCAAAUUUAACUAAGCUAUUUUCAAAAUAUCGUAAACAAUUAACAAUAACUGAGAUGAUUCCACCACCAAUUAUACUUUAA